AAACUGUAUAAUAUAGGCCAGUUUCAAAAAGACCUCGAUGCUUGAUUUUUAGUUUAUUUUUAAAAUAAUUUACUGUGUACCCCGGCAAUCGUUGCACAUUCUAUGCCGAGUAUACACGACCUGUCUGAAAUUACCUUUUCAAAGAUUUACGAAAGUUUAGCACUAUCACCUAUUUCAUAUUCAUAAUAUAUUAUUAAGAUCACGUACCCGGAACUACAAGCUCACAGCAGGGGACUGAAUGAGCGUUGGACCACAGCCAAGAACAUUCCGGUCUCGUGUAGGCCUACUUAUUGCGUCAGCACAGCUAUUGAAGCAUGGUGUAAUUUUAUUUUGAUCAAGAUUAUCAUUCAUCGAGUGUUUCUCUUUAUGAUCGAGCUAUCCUGUUGAAAUUUUCAGGGUAGUCUUAUUUAGUUUGUAUAUCAUAUUAAUAACGUGUUAAUUUCCUGCAGUUGAUUGAAACAUCGUAGUCUGAUCUAAAUACUAUCGCGUCUCUGGCCACUAGUGCUUGACUAGUAUUGUUACCGUGAUUAUCGGCUUAAAAUUACUGAAAGAUAUAACGAUGAAUAUUGUUUUCCUGUUAUGUAUUUCCUUUUACCUGUUUUCUGUGGGCGUAUGUUAUACCCACAUUAAUCUGAAACUUGGUGUCCAAACAUCAACGCAGACAGUUCCCUGCAAUGACCUUAUGUAUUACCAAGUUAAUGUGACUGACCCUUGCAAGGACUUGAUGAUAAAUGUGAAUGUUUUGGAAGGAGAACCAAAUGUGUACGUUUCCCGUGGCAACACAAAAUUUCCAAAUGAACGAAGUCUUGCGUGGUCAUCUUAUAACUGGGGAUCAGAAAACUUGACAAUCUCUAGUUGGGACCCGGAAUUCUCCAUUGGCACCUUCUACAUUGGUGUCCACGCCUACUGUGGAUCUGAUGUAGCCUCUGGCUAUACAGAUGCAAAGUUUACUCUUCAAGCUCUAAGUGUUGACUCCAUACACCCCAGCGAUGAAAUCCCAUUGAAUGGGAUGAUAAGAGGCAAUAUCUCUGCAGAAAAUUACUUGUAUUACCGAUUCUGUGUAUCUAGCAACUGCAAUAACGUUGAGGUAAAGUUAGAAAACUGUAUUGAUCCUGCAAAAUGCCCAACCAAUUACGCUUGGCCAGAGUUAUUGGUCUCUCGAUCCAUUGUGAAGCCAACUAUAAACGAUCACGCUUGGAAGUUAGCCUCAAUCGAAAGACGCAGUGUAUAUCUGUAUAACGCAGACUCGGAGUUCUACCCUGGUCAUUACUUUAUUGGAGUGUAUGGAUGGUGUACCCCAGAGGAAUUCUGUAACAAUAACAGUUCAUGUGGACCCUGCAAUUACGCGGAUAACCAUUCUUUUAAUCUUUCUGUUAUUGUGACUGAUGUGCAAGAAAAUGCGUGCGUUCCUAAGGGACCGUUACAGCUGUGUGAAGUUAAAUACAAUACGACGAAUGGAAGUGUAAAUAAUGCCAAAGGGAACUUUAUUUGGCUUCUAACACUUACGUAUUUAUUAACUAAACUUUUUUAAUAAGUAUUAUUAUUAGUAGUAUUUUAUUAUUAUUUUAUAGAAUUUAGCGCACUAAUGCUAUACUUUUUUUUUCUUUGGUAAAUGGAUACCUAAUCAAUCAUUACAGGUUGCAACCUCCUCCACUUAUGGUGCGCUGGGGGGAGUGUAAUAUGACACCAUCAUGCCCAUCUAUGGGCACAUCUCACAAAUUGUCGCCUAAUAUUUUCUAGUAUGGACAGAGCUUAAAUCCCUGUCCAGACUAUCAAAUUUUGUUUGACAAAAUCAUGUAACGUGCCUCAAUAUGGUCAUGAUGACAUUACAUCUUGGCCAUAUAUAGGAACAUCAUGACUAUACAUGGGAAUACAUCAGUUUUUAGAUAGACUGGACAGAUCUCAGAUUGAUUUCAGCUGUUUGACUGGCAGUCCGAAAAGGUUCAUUUAAUCUAAAUUAAUGAAAAACUGUAAAAAUAUACGCAAGCACGUGCGCUUGUGGGACGUACAACACAUGGUUUUUGAGCGCGCGCGCGUAUUCGUGAUACUGUUCUGAUUGGUCAGUUUUUAAGUUUGAUUGACAUUCUGGAAAGGUCAAUUGUAUGUAUCGCCUUGAUUGACGGCAUUUGAACGUUUAUUAAAAAGGUUUUACAUGUUAAUAGAUUAAUUUAAAUAAUUAAUUUGGUAGUAUUGUUAUAAAACAAUAUAAACAGUACACAGUACAUUACAUUACUAGAUGCAAUAGUUGAUCACGUAUAUCUAAUUUAUUGUGGUGGAGGUACUUAACAAAGUGGAUUUUACUUACUAAAGUCGUCUCGGUCGUGUGUGGACGGAUAACUUGAUCGGCCUCACUAUAGUGUAUCACCGUCCAUGGCAUCACCAUCCAUGUGAAGGCAGUUCCAUUACCUUUGCUUUUACCCAUUUUACACCAGUGUGUUGGCAAAUCCAUAUAGCAAACCAAUGCAAUGUUUUUUUUAGAAUUUCUUUUAAGCUGGAUACUCGCUGCGUCGUACUGCGGUCGUACGACCGUCUCACGACGAAUUCAACUCGGCUACCUGUGAGCGCUAGACCACGCGACGCAGUCUGCUGAUUGCCGGUGGGCAGUCUGAAUGGCCGGAUCGUCAUUAAAAACCAUCCGUUCCACGCGCGUUGUCACUUGGCGUUCUUUAUAGAAUCGCGAUGGCCGACGACCGUCGGUCGCGUAAUGAGGGCCCAGCUUAACUUUCAGUUCAUGACAUGACAUUGAGCGUGAUAUAGUUUCAGUUUAUAUGCCAGUAUUUGCAGUAAACUUGGUAAUUUAAUCUCAGGACUUACAAUAAGUGAAAACAUGCAAAUAUAAAUUAAUGAUUUUAUGGAUUAAAAGUGGAACUAACCUCUGUGAGGAAAA